CUCCAACCCAAAUAAGAGCCUCUUUGACGAAACUGUUCUUUUUUCCCUCUCUUUGGCUUUUGUUUAUUCAUUCAUCUAAAAGUUAAAAACCAUUUUUUUUCUUUUGGGUUUUGUUCGAAUCUGGAGGAAGUUUCUUUAUUCUGGGUUUUUCCUCAAAUCAUCAUUGGGUUAUUGAAAAAUUUGUAGAAUCUGUUUUUACAGUGAUUGAGGGAUCUGGGUUUCUUUUCAUUCAGCCAUUGAUCCGAGACGAGAAUGUCUCAGGAUUUGUCAUUGGAUCAAGACCUGGAUGAAUCUGAUCCCGAGUUUGUCGAGAUUGAUCCUACUGGUCGAUAUGGAAGGUAUAAGGAAAUUUUGGGCAAAGGGGCAUUCAAAAGGGUAUAUCGGGCUUUUGAUGAGUUGGAAGGAAUUGAAGUAGCUUGGAAUCAGGUUAAGGUUACAGAUCUAUUGCGAAACUCUGAAGAUUUGGAGCGACUUUAUUCAGAAGUUCAUUUGCUUAAGACAUUGAAGCACAAGAACAUAAUCAAAUUUUAUAAUUCAUGGGUUGAUACAAAGAAUGAAAACAUUAACUUCAUUACUGAGAUAUUCACUUCAGGGACACUACGACAAUAUAGAAAGAAACACAAACAUGUUGAUUUGAGAGCAUUGAAAAAGUGGUCCAGGCAGAUAUUAGAGGGCCUUCUGUAUCUUCAUAGUCAUGAUCCUCCAGUUAUACAUAGAGAUUUAAAAUGUGACAAUAUCUUUGUAAAUGGCAACCAAGGUGAGGUGAAAAUUGGCGAUUUAGGACUUGCUGCCAUUCUUCAACAAGCUCGUUCAGCCCACAGUGUCAUUGGGACACCUGAAUUUAUGGCUCCAGAGCUGUAUGAGGAGGAAUACAAUGAGCUUGUGGAUAUUUAUGCCUUUGGCAUGUGUUUGCUUGAGCUUGUAACCUUUGAAUAUCCAUAUAUUGAAUGUGCAAAUGCUGCUCAAAUAUAUAAGAAGGUCACAUCAGGGAUUAAACCAGCUUCAUUGGCAAAAGUUACUGAUUUAGGAGUGAGAACAUUUAUAGAAAAAUGUAUUGCAAAUGUCUCUGAUCGCUUACCUGCAAAAGAUCUUUUAAGGGACCCAUUUCUCCGAGCAGAUGAUGAUCAUGAAAGUAUAUCUCGUCAUUUACAAUCAAAGCUCCUUCAUACAGAAAAAAGAGACCAUGUUGAUAUUGAUCGAAGUGUAGAUGAUGCUUCUGCUGAGACUAGCAGAGAUUUCAGUAUGCAUGGUGAGAGAAAAGAUGUCAACAAGAUAUUUCUCAAACUACGAAUUGCAGAUUCCAUGGGUAAUUUUCGCAAUAUUCAUUUCCCAUUUGAUAUUGAAGCCGACACAGCAAUUUCAGUUGCGAGUGAAAUGGUUGAGGAGUUGGACCUUUCUGAUCAAGAUGUCUCCACAAUUUCUGAAAUGAUUGAAACAGAAAUUCGAUCUUACAUUCCAGAUUGGAUAUCAGUUGAGUAUUCCAUAGAUAAUGUUGGAGCUGAUGUUGCAAUUUCUGAUAGCUCUCCAUCUGAAACAAGGAAUGCUGCCUCUCCAUUGUCUAUUGAAUCUGGUAAUCUUGCAUUAGAGGUAAUGCCCUCAGGUCGCAAGUAUUGGUCGGACUCUCCAAAAGGAAUUGGUGGGUCUUCUCCUAAUAAGCCAGGUCCUUCAAACUUAUCUUUUACCUUAGAUCAUAAUGUUGAAUCGUCCAGUCACUUACAUGGGGACAAUCUAGAUCAUGCUGCUAUAAUCAAGGGACUAGAAAGUGAGUUGUUGUCAGAGGGUGGUGAUCAUGAUGGGCAAGAUGAGGGUAGCUCAACUACAAAUAUUCAUGCUAACUCUGAGACACGUCUUUCAGAAGAGAACAAUUAUGAUGAAUCAGUUGAACUCAAAAUAGUAGUUGAGGAACUUGAAAAUUUGUUGGCACAACAACAAAAGGAAUUAGAUGAACUAAAGAAAAAACAUAAAUUAGCUAUUUCAGAACUUUUGACUAAACUCACGCCUGAGUCCUACCAGAAAGUUGUAGAGAUGUGUCAGCUAAAGCAUUCUGAUUUUGAGUUGGUUCUCUGAAAUGUAUUGCAAAUCAAGCUGAAGAUUCUGCUCGUGUUCUGAAUGUAAUGGUAUCUUAUUGUUCUCAAAUGUAAAUCAAUUUACACAAAUUCUCGUUUGGUAAAGAUUAGUUUCCAAUUUUCAAACUAGCUUUUUCUACCUUGGAAGUUGGAUGAUGAAUCUUCUAGUCAGUUGAUCCAGUUAUGAAGCAUGAUGUUGGAGAUGUUAAAGAGAGACUAACCAAUGGAUUGCGAAGCCAUAAACUGACGUUGGCAUCACUUCCUGGUAUGUAUUAAACAUCUCUCAUAAAGGAUUUUGUGCAUAGAAUGCAUAAAGAUCUA